AUGAUGUUCCUCGUGCUAGUGACAGUUCUCUCCGGCCUGGUGGUGCGAUGUCUUUCUCAGAACUCCUGUGGAACAGAUCAAAAUCCAUACUGCGCAGGCAACAGUAUAUUUGAGCAAUUAUGCUGUCCUUAUCCCAACGUCUGUUACUGGCAAAACCGGGAUGGCACGCCGGGCUGCUGUCCAGCAGGCCAAGUUUGUGAUGGAUCUUCACCUUACUCUCCAUCGACACCGGCUCCGACGCCAACUAUCAGGACGACGACAAUUCAACCCUCAACGAUUACUAUAACGCCGACUCCGACUCCAACUCCGACCACCAAUGCAGGUGGCGGAGGCAUUAUCAUUAUCAGCACCGUCCCGAACGGCCCGAGCAUUAUUACUGUGACGUCGCAACCGAGCAUCAGCGUGACCACUAUCACGACGCAGAAUCCUUGUGGUGGAGCUGUUUGCUCAACCAUAACGUCGGCUGGCGGCGGCGUGUACUCGACUGUGACGUCCGUGGUGGGCGGUGGGCUUUCAACCGUAACCUCUGGCGCUGCCAGUGUCUUUUCGAGCGUGUCCGGCGUCUUGGUUGGCCAACCCUCGGCCGCAUCAAGCUCGGCAAUUGCCUCGAUUGUGAUGGUCGUACUGGCAAUGUCGAUUGCGGUGGUGUGGAGUACUUUUGGUUGA